GGCUCGGGACGCCGGAGCGGUGCCGGUCAGCCGCGUCUCAGGUGGGCAUCGCCGCUGGGGCUCUCUGGAGACCGCCGCGCGGUGUGUGCGAUUUUCGGCCUUGAAGAAUCGACUCCCCCCCCCCCCCACCCAUUUCUUUCCCCUCCAGUAAUAAAUCCCAUCAUGGAGGACCCUGUUAUGGAGAAACUUUAUAAAGGGAUAUAGUGUGAAUUCUAUGGAGUGUAAUUUUGUGUAUGAAUUACACUUUUAAAAUAUUAAGAGUUUUCAGAAAGAAGCGUGGUAGGGUCAGUUCCUGGUACAUGUGCACAAAUAGUCAUUCUGUUGAUGAUAUUUUGUUACCAAUUUGUGAUAACACUAGAAACCUUAAGCUGUGUCUUUAUAAGGUGAUUUUAUAUCUGAGUAUUAUAGAUAGAUAGAUGAUUUGCAUUUUAAAUGCAGUGUAAAAGUUUCUCUGGUGGAAAUUUUAUAGUUUAUUAAGAAAAUACCUUCAACUGAUCAAGCAUAAUAAAUUGGUAGGCAGAGUUGGGAAGAAAGACAACAUAAUGUUGCUGCAGGAAAUGGAAACAGAUGUAAACAAUAUUUAACAAAGGUGGAAUUAGCUUUAGGAAAAUUUCAUUUCAUUUGACAUCAUACACACUAAAACAGGCACAGGUUGACUAAAGCUUGUGGGUGUUGAUAUCCCCAGAAGUAGUUACUGAAGUUGAUGUAACCCAUUUAAGUGAAUACUGUGGUGAUAACCUAUGUGAAAUUAGCGUUUAGAUAAUAUGACUAUUAUGAAGAUUUUACUUCUUGUUUACUAGAGAAAAACAAGCUCUUUUUAAGUAUAUUAAAGUGCUUGAAAGAAAUCUCUAUAAUUUUUCCCUCUUGAAGCAUAAUCAGUAAUUGGCUUCAUAAACAAGCUUUGUGGCUUAUAACUAAAAGUAAAUUAAUGGCAUAAUUAAGGUACAUAGUACUUUAGAAUUGUGGGGAUAUCAACCUCCUUGAAAAAUCUGGCAGUUUUAACAUACUUUUAUUUGUGUGUCAGCUUCUUUCAGGCCUUUAUGUCAGUAUUAUAGCAACUAAUGAGCAGAUAGCAUUUGAGUUACCUGAGUUAAUAUCAUCGCAAACAGCACUAAAUCGUAUCGUGGUAAAUAAGGACAGAUAUUCAUCCCACCUGAGUGUAAACUCCUAUAAAUCCUUAAAGAGGGUGUAGUGAACUUUACAUAAGCAGAAGUUUAUCCUUUGAUUCUUCCUUAUGGUAAAAAGAAACUAGGGUGAAGGUUUGAGAAAUUUCCUGGGAAGGUUUUUAGUCAUCGAAAAGUGAAAUCACUCAUGCACAAAACUGCUUCCCAGAGACGUGUGCCAGGUUCUUCCUGUCAGAGAAUUAAGAGUACGAUGGGAGAUAGCACUAUCUUCACAAGUCAGACAGUCGGCAGCAAGCAGAGAAUCCAGUAUGACCUUUCCUGUGAGCUCUAUAGGAUGUCCACGUACUCCACGUUCCCCGCCGGCGUUCCCGUCUCAGAAAGGAGUCUCGCUCGGGCUGGGUUCUACUACACGGGUGUGAACGACAAGGUUAAGUGUUUCUGCUGUGGCCUGAUGCUGGACAACUGGAAACAUGGAGACAGUCCUAUUGAAAAGCAUAAACAGCUGUAUCCGAGCUGUAGCUUUAUUCACAGUCUGGUUUCUCUCACGAGUCUGGAAUCCACCUCUAAGAAUACUUCUCCAGUGAGAAACAGUUUUUCAUAUUCGUUGUCUCCCACUAUGGAACAUGGUGGCUCAUUCAGUGGUUCUCAUUCCAACCUUUCUCCAAACCCUGUGAAUGCUAGAGCCCUUGAAGAUGUCCCCCCAUUGAGGACUAACCCCUACAGUUACGCGAUGAGUACUGAAGAAGCCCGAUUUCUGACUUACCACAUGUGGCCGUUAACCUUCUUGUCACCCUUGGAAUUGGCGAGAGCCGGCUUCUAUUACAUAGGACCUGGGGACAAGGUGGCCUGCUUCGCCUGCGGUGGCACCCUAAGCAACUGGGAGCCGAAGGAUGACGCUCUGUCAGAGCAUCGGAGACAUUUUCCCAACUGCCCGUUUCUGGAAAAUUCUCUGGAGUCGCUGAGGUUUAGCAUUUCAAACCUCAGCAUGCAGACGCACGCAGCUCGGCUGAGAACGUUUGUGUGCUGGCCAUUGAACGUCCCGGUCCAGCCCGAGCAGCUCGCCAGUGCCGGCUUCUAUUACGUGGGUCGCAAUGAUGAUGUCAAAUGCUUUUGUUGUGACGGUGGCUUAAGAUGUUGGGAAUCUGGAGACGACCCGUGGGUGGAGCACGCCAAGUGGUUUCCAAGGUGUGAGUUUUUGAUCCGUAUGAAAGGGCAAGAGUUUGUUGAUGAGAUUCAAGCUCGAUACCCUCACCUUCUUGAGCAGCUCUUGUCAACUUCGGAUGCUUCUGGAGAUGAAAAUACUGAUCCACCAAUUGUUCGUUUUGGGCCUGGAGAAAGUUCCUCUGAAGACGCCGUCAUGAUGAGCACACCCGUGGUGAAAGCGGCCUUGGAGAUGGGCUUCAGUAGAAGCCUGGUGACGCAGACCGUUCAGAGUAAGAUCCUGACGAGCGGGGAGAAUUACAAAACGGUCAGUGAUCUUGUGUUGGCGCUUCUUGAUGCUGAAGAUGAGACCAGAGAAGAAGAAAAGGAAAGACAAACUGAAGAGCUGGCAUCAGAUGAUUUGUCAUUAAUUCGGAGGAAUAGAAUGGCUCUUUUUCAACAGUUGACGUGUGUGCUUCCUAUCCUGGAUAAUCUUUUAAAGGCCAAUGUAAUUAAUAAACAGGAACAUGAUAUUAUUAAACAAAAAACACAGAUACCUUUGCAAGCAAGAGAACUGAUUGAUACCGUUUUAGUUAAAGGAAAUGCUGCUGCCAACAUCUUCAAAACCUGUUUAAAAGAAAUUGAUCCUACAUUAUAUAAGAACUUAUUUGUGGACAAGAACAUGAAGUAUAUUCCAACAGAAGAUGUUUCAGGUCUGUCUCUGGAGGAGCAGCUGCGGAGGCUGCAGGAGGAACGGACCUGUAAAGUGUGCAUGGACCGAGAAGUGUCCGUCGUGUUCAUCCCCUGCGGCCACCUGGUGGUGUGCAGAGACUGCGCCCCUGCGCUCCGGAAGUGCCCUAUUUGCCGGGGCACGAUCAAGGGCACCGUCCGGACCUUUCUCUCAUAAGAAAGAAAAACUGUAUGUUAGCUUUACGUAGAAAAGUCGUGAAAACAUUGUUGAGCAUUUGAAGUCAUCUGAAGUAUACCAAGAAUGAUUGUUCUUGAAUUAUGACACUUGUGCUGUAUUCUGCUUUGGUACUAGUGAUCUUGUUUCCAAAAGUAGAUCAUCUGCCCUAUUUAAUGUUAGUCUUUGUUGCGACGAAAGGGGGGGGGGGUGUCGGUUUGGCGCGCCCUGGUGUGCACUCGUGCGAGCACAGGCGGGGACUCAGCCGGGGUCCCUUCAGCAGGGCCUGGUGUUGGUGUUCUUUCUGGAAGCUUUGAGUGCUGUGUGAACUCUGGAGUUUCCCCAAAUUCUGGUGCCAAAUUCUUGUUUUUUUUCACUUGUGUUUCGAAAUAAGGAUUUUUUUCUUAUUGGUAUAUAAGCUUUUUCUUGAUUUGUGAAAAACAUCUUAAUAAAGUUCUUUUAAAAGACUGCACCAUCAUUUUUUUUCCUCCUGACUUAAAAAGUAUUUUCUGUAUGCCUUAGAUUUAAAUGUUAAUAAUGUAUGUAAAUGUAGUGCCCAUAAGCACACAAAUGUUAGCCAUUAAAUAAAAAUUUGAAUUUAUGAAACA